GGGCUUUGCAGUGCUGGCACUGACGCCUCUGCUCUUGCCCAGGUGAAGCGGCGCUCUAAGCGAGGGCAGGUGGGCAUGGUGCAGGUCGGCGUGGAGACCUAUGGAGGGGGCAUCUGGAACACCUGGUUCGACCGUGACCUCACCGUGGCCGGGAGGGUGAUCAUAAAGGACCCGACCACGGGGCACCUGGAGCAGCGCCUGGUACGUGUGGAGCGGCCUGUCCUCCGCAUCCCUCACCUGGCCAUCCAUCUGCAGCGCAGCAUCAAUGAGAACUUUGGGCCCAACACCGAGCACCACCUGGUUCCCAUCCUGGCCACUGCUGUGCAAGAAGAGCUGGAAAAGGAGGUGCUCAUGGAGGCCACACCUUGUGAUGCUGCAGCCCAGGCAGAGCGGCACAGCCCUGUCCUGCUUUCCCUGCUCUGCCCCCAGCUGGGGGUGAAACCAGAGCAGAUUGUAGAGCUGGAACUAUGCCUGGCGGAUACACAGCCAGCGACGCUGGGUGGUGCCUUCGACGAGUUCAUCUUCUCCCCACGCCUGGACAACCUGCACAGCUGCUACUGUGCCCUGCAGGCCUUGAUUGACUCGUGUGCGGUGCCUUCCUCCCUCUCCCAGGAGCCCAACGUGCGUCUCAUCGCACUCUACGACAACGAGGAGGUAGGAUCAGAGAGUGCCCAGGGUGCAGAGUCCCUGCUGACGGAGCUGGUGCUGCGCCGAAUCUCAGCAUCGCCGCAGAACCUGACAGCCUUCGAGGAGGCCGUGGCCAAGUCCUACAUGAUCAGUGCUGAUAUGGCCCACGCUGUGCACCCUAAUUACGUGGACAAGCAUGAGGAGAAUCAUCGUCCGGCCUUCCACAAGGGCCCCGUCAUCAAAGUGAACAGCAACCAGCGCUACGCCUCCACGGCUGUCACCGAAGCAGUCAUCCGGGAUAUCGCCGCCCGCGUGGGUGUCCCUCUGCAGGAGUUCAUGGUGCGCAACGACACGCCCUGUGGCACCACCAUCGGCCCCAUUCUGGCCUCCCGCCUGGGGCUGCGCGUGCUGGACAUCGGCUGCCCGCAGCUGGCCAUGCACUCCAUCCGGGAGAUGUGCUGCACCUCAGGGGUGCUCCAGAGCAUCACCCUCUUCAAG